AUGUUAUUUAAAUUCGAUAUUCUUUUCCAUUUAGCAUUUACGAAAAGGAAUUCAUCAAUUCUGGCUUUCACCCUUAUUGCCUUUGUGGUUAUCAGCCAAAGCAAUGCACGGUUAAUCAAACAAGACUUUGCUGAUGACGAUUCUGAUGAAGACUUAUUUGAUCGAAAACGAGAUGUUCCCUUCCGAGAUGCAGGUGGUGGUGAUCUGAAUGGUAAUUAUCCAGGACGCGUUCUCACUGCUGCUGCUUGUGCUGCACUAUGCGAAUCAUUUCCCGCUUGUGAUCAUUGGACAUUUAACGCAGAAACCGGCAAAUGUUGGCUCAAGGGUAAACCAUCGCAAAUGCGAAACUAUGCUAAUGCGUAUACAGGCAGUUGUACCAAGACGAUAUAA